UCACCGUCUGUGUUGAGACGACUGUUGUCACGUUCCAGGCUCCUUCCAACGAGGACCACGUCUACUUGAUUGGAAAUGCGUUCUUUGGUUAUGGCGCGGCUGCCAUGAUUGUCGGCGCCACUGCCGGUACCACGGAGCGGCCCAUCUUUGAGAUAGUUUUUGCUUCGCAGGAGUUUGUGCCGGGCACUGAUGGCGCGCUGAACGGUCGUUACCGUGAGAUGGGCCUCACCAUGCAACUGUCUGAGAAGGUGCCCGCGGUGAUCGCAGCCCAUCUGGAAGGUUGCUUGACGAAAGCUUUUGGCUCCGCCGGCAUCAACAUUGACUGGAACUCCAUUUUCUGGGCUCCACAUUCCGGUGGACGGAAGAUUCUUGACAACAUAGAGGCAACACUCGGGUUGGGGCAAGAGAGACUAAGAGCUGCGAGGCACGUGUUGAAAGAGUUCGGGAACAUGUUCGGCGUGUGUGUUAUCUUCAUUCUGGACGAGAUCAGGAAAAGGUCGAUCAAGGAAGGGAAGGCCACGACGGGGGAGGGGAUGGAGUUGGGGGUGCUAUUAGGGUUCGGGCCCGGUCUCACCAUCGAGACCGUCGUUUUACGGAGUGUGCCCAUCGUUGACGGGUGA